AUGUCUUUGCUGAAUAAAUUCUGCUUGAAAUCGAGUCUCCGAAAUCUUUUUGCCCUCUUCUUUUUGGCAACUAUUUCAUACAGUUUUGACAACUCGGCGCUUCUCUUGAAACAUUCAAAAAUCUGUGGUGAUCCAUUUGCUGAUCCGAUUUGGGUUCCCGUACUUGAUUUGUGCCAGAAAAAUUGUGAUUCCUUGAAAGAGUUUUGUGUGGAAAAUGAGGAUCUCGAGCAAAUGUGCAAAAGUUUACCUGAUGCUUGCAUCAAAAUGAUUGAGAGGGAAUUGAAAGUGGAGAACUAUAAAGCAGCCUUGCAAAGCUCAGAGAGUCCACGCACAACUCCAUCCCAACAGAAUCACAAUUUGAAAAGUCCGAGGAAAAAUGCGUCAACAAAUAGGAAACAAAUGGUUUUUAUAUGGAAAAAGAUGCCCACGAAUAAUCAUCAAGAUCGAGCUCCUCCUGCUGAUUUGUCGAAUCCCCCACCCGGAGCUCUCGGUCUUUUCCCAAUCUUUAGUAUUCAAGAAGCUACCCCGAAAAAU